AUGCAACAGCAAUUCUUGCAAGGGCAACGGCUGAAGAAGCGGUACAUUGAUACUUUGAAGUUUAUCAAUGCCACCUAUGAUCCGACAGAGUUGUACGCUCGAUCUGCUGAUACGCCCAGAUGCAUUCAGUCGGCCGCGUCGAAUUUGGCCGCUUUUUACAGCGGAAGCACGCUGCAUCCGCAGAUUGAUGGUUGGCCAGUCAACUGGAUGCCGUACCCUAUUCACUCGGUCCCCGGGCCGGAAGACACGCUCGACGAGGAGGGCCCGCACGAUUUGCAAACGCAUCGGCCUGCUCAGAGGAC